CAAACAAAUCCUCCCAAAAUCCUCCCAGACCACAGCUACGGCGGCAUUUUCCGGCGCCGAUGGCGGCGGCGGAGAUCGGCGGCGCUCCGGCGAUGCUCCGGCUGAUCAGACAGAUGUCAUCCAUUCUCAACAGAAUUGCAGAGCGAAACGACGUCGUCGUCGACGCGGGGGCCCGGAAUUCGGCGACGAUCUUCGACGGGUCGGCCCGGCCCGCGAUCUCAGUGGAGUCGUACAUGGAGAGGAUCUUCAAGUACGCCAAUUGCAGCCCGGCCUGCUUCGUGGUGGCCUACGUUUAUCUCGAUCGGUUCGUGCGACGCCAGCCGUUGAUUUUGAUCAGCCCGUUCAAUGUGCACCGUCUGAUCAUCGCCAGCGUCUUGGUGUCCGUCAAGUUCAUGGACGACAUAUAUUACAGCAAUGGAUACUAUGCUAAAAUAGGGGGAAUAAGCAAAGCAGAAAUGAAUCUUCUUGAACUGGAUUUCUUGUUUGGAAUAGGGUUCCAACUCAAUGUCACUCCCAACACAUUCCACCAUUAUUGCUCUUUUCUCCAAGCUCAAAUGCUACUUCAAUUCCCUCCUCCUCUCAUAGCUUCUCCCUCAGAAUCGGAAUCGGAUUCGUCGAUCGAUACCUAAUUCGAUUGAAUGCAUGGUUAUAGUCUAGGUGAUUAGGUUAGGUUAAAUUAGGGUAAGGACUUGAUAGGAAACCCUAAUUUUUUUGUGUAUUGAUUAGUUCUAUCUUGAUUUUCUUGAUCUUAGUCGGGGAAUUCGAUGAAAACUUUAAUGUGUUGUGAUUCUUUCCACAUGUCUUUCUUUUAUUUCGACGAUGAUGAUGUAGAUGUAUGCGUUGUUGGUGUCUAUGUUUGGUUUUGAAUAUUGAAAUUGGAUGUUAGAUCGAUGAGAUUUUAUUGAGGAUAAUGUGACUUGACAAACUAUGUGUUGUGCCAUGAAAUGAUAAUUGGAGGAUGAUAUAUUGCAAAUGCUAUUUCUCAGUUGCCACAAUCAUGCUCAAUUAAUACGAUUAGAUUAGAGUACGGUGCUAACCCUAACUCAGCACCGUAUUUGUUAUCC